GUAAUAAAUCCAAUUUUAUUCUUCUCGGACAGCGAAGAUAUCGGGACAACGGCUGGACACUGCUGAGCGUCGCGAAUACGCGAAGCGACUCGACUUCGACUCGGAGUAUCGAUACGCAGCACUAGAUGGAGCUGUAUUCACGAACAAGUGACGGACGGUAAAUUUGAGUUGGAGAUCAGACGCCAUAGUGUUUCGUCCCUUGGUAGCAGCCAGCAGCAGCGAUUAAAAUUCGGCGAGCCUUUGAGUACCGACGGGAAAUUGCGGCGAUCGAAAGCGCAUUAACGGACGACCGUUCCGGGGAACGAAGGGGGACGGCUUUGUCGUCUGGUCGCGUCGGCCGUGCAAUCAACUUUCCACGGAUAAACGUCCCAGCCGGCUGACGUCGUUAAAUUAUGCUACGAGGUGUCAGUGUUUACACCGAAGCAACACGUGAAACGGUCUCUCUCCGCCGCCGUCGCCACCGCCGCCGCCUCCGCCGUCGUUACCACCGCCGCCGCCACCCCCGUCGAGCUUCUGCCAUCCGCAGUCCGCCACCCCUUGACGAGUCGGGCCACCCUCCGGAUCCAGCGGAAUGUACUUAAACGAGAGGAAGGUGCACGCGUGGAUUGGUCGGGCGCAACCGGGUCGAUGGCGAGAGGGGCGCCGGGUCGUUCUCGAGGCUCGUAGUGCCGCUCUGACCACCGUCGCGACAGGAACCCCCGCUCGUCGUCGUCGUCAUUCGCUCCUUCUCACCCCGCCGCGGAGACGCGUCGGCACAUCCUCGAUACCGGGACGAUCGAUCGGCGAUCUCGUAGCAUCGGCCGCCGCGGCUAAGCUCGGACGGUCGAGCAUGUAAGAACACCUGGCGCUUUCACCCUGGCGCGCAGAGAGGUGCAACGGGCGGAAGGUCGUUACACCGGGAACAACCGAUCGGCCGCGUCGAAGGUGGUGUGUGCGAUCGGACCAGCCAGCGGAUCGUCAGCGGACCGCCGGCGGCAGUCGGGCCGCGGAUGCGGCCGCGUUAACAAACCGAGGGAUCAACGCGUCGUCGUGCCGCCGACAACGAGCCCCGAACAUUAAGAUCGCGAUGAGGAGGCAGUCCUUCUGCUCGAAUCUGAGCAGCGGAAGCGGCGCCGGCGAGCCGCUGAUUGUCGUCGAAGAGAGCACGCUUGGCGAGGAAGAAGCGGAGCGUCGUCGCACGGAAUCGCCACCGCGAUGCGUAGAUCCGGAUUCACCAUCCUUGAAUCCCUAUCUUCUCUCGCCGUGGAGGGACGCCAGGAAGCACUCCUUACCGACGCCGCAGUGCACAUCCGGGAUAACCGCAUCCCAGGUACGGCGAUUGAGCGAACGAGGUGGGGAAGGUUCCGGCCCGUCGGCGAGGGAGGCUGCUUUCCUAGCGACGCUUUCGCAGGCGCCGGCUCCUCAAGCGGGCGGCCGACGACAUUCCGUCGUCACUAUCUCCAGGGUGCCGAACACCCUCUUCGGGCGCAACCGUCGAGAAUCCAUCGCGGCAUUUCCCAUGGGAGGCGCCACCAGGAUAUUACAGGGCCGACGAGAUUCGUCGACCGGGCUAACCGGUCCGCCCAGUAAUAGCGGAAGCACCCACAAUCUGCAGCUCGAUAUUAUGGACGACAUCGCUGAGAUCAAGGCCAGAAAGGUACGUUUAAAAAUGUACAAGACCCCGUCCCGAGAGCGGGUGUGUGAGAUCCAGCUUCUCGAGGGUAACGGCAGCUCGACGCAGAAGUACACGCAGCAGCAGAAGCGCCGGUUCUCCGAGUUCUCCGCGUCCGUCGCGUCCACGUCGACCUUGCGUAGACGCGCGUCCGAGAUGACGAGGCCGCUCUGCGAGGUCGAGGCGCCGGGCAGCCCGGCGGCAGGCAUCAUAUGUUCCAACACCGACCUAAUAUCCAUCCUGAGCUCCCUGACGUCCUCCGCGACGGAGAUCAACACGUGCGGCACCACGAGCUCGAAGGACGAGCCGAAGUCGAGCUGGUCCAGCAAGACAGCGGAACAGAAGCGCAGUCGGCUCAAGAGCUCUCGUUCAAACAGCUUCGACGUGUCCAUCCUGAGCGGUGCCAAGAGCAAAGCGUUCAACAACAGCGGCAAAACCGCCACGCCCGCCUCCCUCAUAGCGCCGAGCACUUGGUUCGUCAAGCGGCACCAGCCGAUCUCGAAGAAGAACCGUUGCGUGGAGAACGAGAACCCGCGAUUCCUCAGGCUCGACAAGUCGAGGAUGGUGCAAGUAGUCAAGGACACGCUGGGCAAGGCCUCCCCCACGAAGGACUUGGACACCAGGCACAAGGUCGUCUGGGACGACAGCAGCGGCACCAAGGUGGACGCACAGGUGCUCGGCAAUGCCAUCGAGAAGAUACUCACGGCCAAGGGAACUGACGCGGAAGCGCCGACUAGUUCAUCCGGAAAGUCAUCCAUGUCACCGAACAAGCCACGCUCCAGCAAAGUGGCUAGCUGGUUCUCGGGCGGUAACAAGGAGCAGGAACAACCUCCGGACUGCGAAUCCUCGAUCUGCUCCUCUCUCAAGGACCUCUUUGUCAAGUAGUGCACCAUCGGCAACGUCGUACCGUUCCCGACGAUCCCACGACUCGGCUCGUUCCUCUCCACGAGGUACGCGACGUCGACGAUGUACAAUCCACCGACAAUCCUCCACGACUUGAUCUCUUUUCUUUUUUUUUCCACGUCUUCACGAAAUUACUUCGAUUGUAUAUUACGAUGUGAAGUAUGGUAGCUCUGCAUUCACGCCCCCCCCCCUCCCUCGAUUUCGGAAGCCUCGAACGAAUGUCCCGCGCUUCCACGUGGACGUACCUGCGUAUGCUCAGGGUGACCUUCUCACCGAACUCCGAUUAGUCCAAUUGACAACUUCAAAUCGCUAUAUCGGUCAAGUACCACCUACUCUGUUUCGCUCUAAAAUAGAUACAGAAAUUAUUAAUUUAUUAAUAUAUAUUAAAAGAAAAGCAUAUAAAAUAAUAUAGAAUUAUUAAUUUUUCAAUUAUCGCCGGACAACAAAGUAUACAGUCGGAGAUUGGAGUCGGCGAUUCAGGCGUUUAUUCCUCGAUUAGCUUGACCGAAGUUUGGUGAACGUCAUCCUCGUGUUCUGCGACUUUUAAUGAUAAUAUCGCUAUCGUUAAGCGUUGUUGCGCUAUUAUCCGAUAUAUCUGUGGGACGACACUUAACGGCAAUUUUAUUGCUGAAGGUUACAGCACACAAGCGUACAGGUGCUGCGUUCCGUACGCGCUUGCCGAUUGUUCUUUACGAUAAUUGUCGGUUCGGUACUCGUUGCGCAGCUGCGGUGCGAUUAUAUCUGUGCAAUUGCAUAGACCAAACCGACAAUUGUCGGUGAAUAUAUACAGAACACAGAGAACCCGGAGACAGGAGCUGUUAUUCUGUAAACAUGUUUAUCGACAAUUGUCGGUGUCGUUGCGCAGUUAUUUUGUGACAUGAUUAUCGAUCCGUCCUUCUUAACUGAACUGGCUUCGCCAGUUCAAAAAAUUUACGCACACUGAAGCGUGAGAAUCUCGUACGCAUGCUUCAUACGCUUCAAUGUGUAUGUAAAUUUCUCGGACUAGUUCAACCAGUUCAGCUAAAAAGAACAGAUCUAAUGUAUAUGUAAAUUUCUCGAAAUAAUGCAGACUCAGUUCAGCUGAAAAGAACAUGUAUCUGCGCAACGAUAUUUACCGGACCGACGAACUACGUAGCUGUGUACGGAACAGCGGCCCGGAAUUCUCUUUUCGGGCGAAAAGAAAUUGCGUGACGAAGCGACGAGGUGGAUCAGUGGAGGAUAAUAGCGAGUAACGGUAGUCCACGUUGGCGCAAAAAAUCCCAACGACAAAUAUUACAGUGUAAAACAAGAUAUUCUGUGCUGUGUAAAUGCUCGUAUCAACAAAGAUAACGUAUCGAUAGAGUUGUGAACGUUGAUCUAUCUCCUUUGCGGGUCAAAGGAGCACGUUAGAGAGAUAUAUGAUAACAUAUAUAUAUAUUAAUAUCGAUAUGGUAUAUAUAUAUAUAUAUUCUUGAAGGAGUGUAGUGGCGGCUGGUCCGGUAAGUCACUUGCGUUUUAUCUGUCGUCCUUCCUCCCGCCGCACCGCGUUUUCCUGUUCCUUUCGCUUUCCCGCUCCACGAUUCUUUCUAGAUCACGACCGCACGAACCGCCACUGAUGUAGAGAUACUGAUAUAUGUACAAAAAGAAACCAAAAAAAAGAAGUCGUCGUGUACCUUACAGUACAAUAGCGAUGAAGCGAGAUACUACCCAGACUGUAUAAAUGUCUAAAGGUUAUCCUAAGGACGUCUAAAAGACUUUUGGAAAAAGUAGGACCUUCCCAGUAGCCUCUCCAGAUUAUGCCUUGGAACGGUAUUUUCUGACGCCUCGCCUUUGCGUGUCAUUGCUCUGUUUUUUUUCUUCGCUUCUUUUAUUUAUGAAAACGGUAGUCACUUCCCAGUAAACAUCAGCUAACGUUCACAUUACAAUAAUAUUAUAAUUUCCCACUCGAUAAUGUAAUUGUUUUAUUAUACACGCCAUAUUGCAUUUAUAUUAUUGAGUAAUAAAUUAUAAUAUUGAUGUAAUAUUACUGUUAGUAUGUUCACUGGGCUAUGUAUUAUGUAUAAAAUGAAGCCAUUAUUAUUAUUAUUAUUAUUAUUAUUGUUGUUACUAUUAUUUUUUACUAUUAUUAUUAUUAUUAUCGAUUCCUUAAGACGUCUUUCAAAACUUUGUGCUGUCCGGGUACAUUCGGUCAUAUCAUAUCGCUACACGUCGAGGCGCGGAUCAAGAGAGAUUAUCAAUUUAGUUGGCGUCCUUCUUGCCCGUCACGUUUUUCCCAUCGUCAUUGCGUUUGAGGAGAACCCGUUAAGGCGUGAGAUUCGCUUGUGUGUACCUUAGACUUAGCGCAGAGGCUCUUUGUAUGUUUACCUAGAUUACCGAAGUGUCCUGAUGUAACACGGAAAUUGUACAUAGGCAAAAGGUAUCUCCGGUAAGCAAGAAACGUCAAAUCAGUUUUUUGAAACAUUGAUUUUAUGUGGAUCUCAUAAACAUUUUGACAUGAUAUUUUAUAAAUGUUUUUGAACUGUUACUUGAUAAUAUUACGUUCUUAUAUAUUAAGAUCAAUCGGCAUAGAAACAUUAUUUUUAAUGUUUCGAUCAAAUAUUGCUGACAAUGACGUUGUAUGACAACAUUAAGAGCUACAUAUUUGAAAACGUUACAUAUUAUAAAAUAUCGUUGUAAUAACGUUGUGUUACUGAUUUCUUGCACACCGGGUCGAUACCGUACGUUCUCUAUCAAUGUUCUCUGCCGAGAUCGGUAUGACACGAAUGUGGAAGGAUGAAAUAUACGUUGAUCGUAAAUGUUGAAAAACGCCACAAUUUUGUCCCGUAUAUCAAUGUCCCAGCCUUAAUGACACACGAUAUUCAAGUAUCUCGACGCGAAGAGCGGUGCAAAAGGGCAGCGGGAAAGGUCUGCAUUGAUCUUACGCUCGAUAUGCUCCCCCCAUAUAAUCGUUCGCAAUGUAACGUUUACUGUAGGAAAAAAGAAACGGUAAUUUUGAGACUUGAAUGCCUCGUACAGACCGAUUGAUUCGCUUAUCACCUCAAUUCAUGCUAAUAAUGAAUUCGAUUACCCAUACUACGCCGGAUUAGUGCACGUUAAAGAUCGUUAUAGAUAAAAUAUCCAAAUACGGUUUAACGUACGCACUUGGACGAUGAAAUAAUUAAUGUAGUUUUCUACUAAGUAACAUGACAAUAUCAUUACUUCAUCGCUUUAUGCUGCUUGAAGUGUCAAGUUGUCGAUUAACAAAUCAAUGCAUAUCCAAACACGAUGCGAACGAUUAUAAAAACUAACGAAUUUCAGCCUGAUAAAUACCGAGGCUUUGUUGAAGUUCAAAGUACGCGUCGUCGAUCUUAUAAUUCUAAGGGAUGCGCGCGUUGUAAAUGAGACAUAAGCCUGUGGGUCUUUCUGAAAACAAUUUUAUUUUUAAGAAAUCGGAACUAUUCAGACUGUUGCAACUACAUUUUUUGUUUCAACUCGUUGGUGUUGUAUCAUAAUAAGAUGUUGUUAUUAUUAUUAUUACCAGGCAUUGCCCGCAUUACAAUAAGCAAACACGUAUUUUUUUUUUUUUAUACUCGGUAAGAGGAAUGAUGGACAAAAGAAUACACUUAUACGAAGGAACAUAAAACGAGGACUGUAAUAGUGACAUCUGACAUUAUGUGUAA